AUGCUUCUUGCAGACAAGCUCGUUGGUGGCAAUGUCAUUCAAGUCCUCCAGAAGCACGACCCAGAUAUCACGAAGCAAAUUACGCCGUCAUCUUGGAUCUGGAUGGCGCAAAGCAUGUUUGAACCCAUCCUUGGUUCGCAUGCGAGUGAUUUCGGGAGUACCCAGCUUUACAGCCACGAGGUCCUCUGCUAUGAGGAGCACGAAGAUGGUGUUAUCGUCGUUGUCAAGAACCAUAAGACAAACAAGACAAGGAAGUACAAGACACCAUACUUAGUUGCGUGCGACGGCCACCGGAGUCCGACUCGUCAUAAAGAAGGCAUCAGGUGGGAAGGGCCAGGCGUUCUGCGCAACAGCUUCAGUGUUGGUUUCAGAUCUGAUCUAGGUCCUUUUGUCAAAGAAAGACUGGUUCAUGGCGUCGUUUACGUUGCUAAUGAUAAAAUCAACGGAGGUUUCCGUUUGGAUGAUGGGGGCAGACAAGGCCUUCUGAUGGUAAACAGCGUUGGCGAAAGGUCAGACUUUCCUCCUGGCAGUGUGACUGUCGAGGAAGCCAGAAAGAGCUUUUACGACUGCGCGGGGCUUCGACCGGAUGAGGUCUUCGUCGAUAUGCACACUGUGAAUUACUGGACAAUGGCGUCUUAUACUGCCGAUCGAAUGGCUAGUAAGACCGGCCGCGUGUUCCUUGCUGGAGACUCUGCUCACGUUAUGCCGCCAACCGGAGGGCUGGGGGGGAAUACGGGCAUUGCGGAUGCUCACAAUUUAGCUUGGAAACUGGCCUACGUCUUGACUGGAAGGGCCUCAUCCUCGCUCCUGGACUCAUACAACAAAGAGAGGCAACCCAUUGACGAGUUUACCGUCAAGCAAGCAACUGCUCGCUUUCAGAAUCGGGUCGCACUCCAACAACCACCGGCGUCAGAGGCUUCUGACGUCUCAGUGGAGCUGGGCUACCGCUACCCAAGUGGGGCAUUCGUCCCUGAGGAAAGCUAUCAUCAGCCCGAUGAGCUUUACGAUGAUCCGCACUGCCCAACGGCUUUGCCUGGUUCAAGAUUUCCCCAUGUCUUCCUGGAAGACGUUGGAAUACCGGGUAGACAAAUCUCGACAUUGGAUCUUGUCCGAAAGAACUUCUUGAUGAUCACCACUCAGCCGGAUUCGCCGUGGGUCCCCGCGGCAAAAAGGAUUAGCACAGUCGAGAUCGACGUUGCUGUCUUGAACACGCAAUCUGCCCCAUAUAGAGACGCAUCUGGAUUGAUCGAGGCGAAGUGUAGAUUGCGAGCUGGUGAAGCCAUUCUGAUUCGGCCCGAUGGUUUUAUCGCAUGGAGGGCAAUCGCGAGACAAGACAAUCAUGAGGGGGUAUUGGAAUACGCGCUUCGAAGCAUUCUGGGAAUUUCUGUCAUCCACUCUAGGAUCUAA